AGUUCAGCGACACUUUCUGAUUCACCUGACCAGGUGUGUGUCCACCCCGACAGGUGAGUGUGGACAUAUAAUCCACCUCCACAUAAGUGUGCAUUAUUGUACUUUAACUGGACGGUUUAAACUGAGAACAGGCACACACAGCUGGAGGAAGACUGAAUAUCACGGGAUUCCAUUCUCUCUCAUUUUCGGGGACCCCCCACUUUUGGACGCAAUUCAGUGACGUUCCCACCUGGCGUGGGUCAGCAGGAGUGGACACGGACCAGCCAAUGAAGAAGAUGGCACCUCGACCAGACUUCGAGGAAAACUCACUGGGCCAGCAGACAGAUGGACUCGAUGUUCAGAAUCAGAAGACGGUCUGCAUGGCUCCUGCUGUUUCUACUGUAGUUCUGAUCCAGCCUGGACCUGAAAGGGAGGAGGACCCCUGGGACCUGCCAGAGCUUCAGGACACUGGGGUUAAAUGGGCAGAUUUAGACACUAAAGGGAAGGUACUGAGGGUUUUCAUUUCAGUCCUAAAGCUGGUGACGCUGUUGGGAUUGCUGUAUCUCUUUGUUUGCUCCCUUGACAUCCUCAGCUCAGCGUUUCAGCUUGUAGGAGGUAAGGCAGCUGGAGAUAUUUUCCAGGAGAAUGACGUGUUAUCUAACCCAUUGGCUGGACUGGUCAUUGGAGUUUUGGUCACUCUGCUGGUCCAAAGCUCCAGCACAUCCUCUUCUAUAGUGGUCAGCAUGGUCUCCUCUGGAUUGCUCCAGGUGCCCACAGCGGUCCCCAUCAUCAUGGGCACCAACAUUGGAACAUCGGUCACGAACACAGUGGUGGCCAUGACGCAGGCAGGAGACCGGAGCAAGUUCCGCAGGGCAUUUGCCGGAGCCACGGUGCACGACUUCUUCAACUGGCUGUCCGUGUUGGUGCUGUUGCCAUUGGAGGUUGCUACGGGAUACCUGUACCGCCUCACCGAGGUCAUAGUGAGAACCUUCAACAUACAGACCGGAGAGAACGCCCCGGUACUGCUCAACGUCAUCACUGACCCGCUCACGCACUCCAUCAUAGAGUUGGAUGAGUCAGUCAUCAGCGGCAUCGCUACUGGAGACCCAGAAGCCAAGAACAAAAGUCUCAUCAGAACAUGGUGUUCAACUUCAACAAACACGACUCUACAGAACGUGACAGUGGUAAACUGCACCAGCGCCCCCUGUUGGGAGUUGAAGAACGUGUCCGAAACAAUCAACAUCCAUAAAUGUCAUCAUAUCUUUGUGAACGCGAACCUGCCGGACAUAGCGGUGGGGCUAAUCCUGCUUGCCCUGUCCCUGUUUGUGCUGUGUGCCUGCCUCAUCUGCAUCGUCAAACUCCUCAACUCCAUGUUGAAGGGUCAGGUGGCUGCUGUCAUCAAGAAGAUCAUCAACACAGAUUUUCCCUUUCCACUUGGAUUUGUGACCGGAUACCUGGCCAUCAUGGUGGGAGCAGCAAUGACCUUCAUUGUCCAGAGCAGCUCAGUCUUCACCUCAGCUAUUACACCUCUAGUAGGUAUUGGGGUCAUAAGCAUUGAAAGAGCUUAUCCGCUCUCUCUGGGCUCUAACAUUGGAACGACCACCACAGCCAUACUGGCGGCUCUGGCCAGUCCAGGAGAAACACUGACCAAUUCACUGCAGAUCGCUCUGGUUCAUCUGUUCUUCAACGUGUCGGGCAUCGUGCUGUGGUAUGUGCUGCCGUUCAUGCGAGUCCCCAUCAUGCUGGCCAAAGCGCUGGGCAACGUCACGGCUCGUUACCGCUGGUUCGCCAUCUUCUACAUCAUCUUCUGCUUUUUCUUCAUCCCUCUGCUGGUGUUCGGCCUGUCACUGGCCGGCCUGCCCGCGCUGCUGGGCGUCCUCGUGCCGGUGGCGCUGUUGCUGCUAUUUGUGAUCAUCAUUAACUUGAUGCAGUCGCGCUGGCCUCAGCACCUUCCCAACCGUCUCCAGAGCUGGGACUUCCUCCCACUUUGGGCUCAUUCCCUGGAGCCCUGGGACAGGAUGGUUACCGCGGCAACUGCCCGCUGCUGCUGCUGCUGCAAGUGCUGCCAAGUCAUCGCCCCCGGCGACGAGGAGGCGGGGCCAGUGGAGAAGAAGGACGGCGUGGAAAUGUGCAACACUCCAGUUUUAGCCAAUGGCGGCGAAGGGAAAGAGAGAGCCCCGCCCACUCCAGUGAUCCUUAAAGUGACAGCGUUAUAGACUCUGUAUAAGCAUGCAUUUACAAUAUAGUUAUUACACAUUUAUAACACAUCCAUAUCAACCUCAAAAAAUGAUGAAGGAGGAGCUGGAGAGUGUCAGUGGACUCCAGAACGAGAGCGAAAAUGCAAUGUUUAUGAAUGUUAUUUUGUAAUUUAUAUAUAUAUUUUUUCUUUUUUUUACCUUAUUCUUGUUCUUACAUUGCACAGUUUUGCCAUUUACCCCAAAUGUAGUUGUUCAGCCAAAGCAAGACGUCUGCUUCUUUAGUUUUACCACUGGAGAUACAAGUGUGAGCGUCACUAUUGCUGCUACUGAUUUUAGCUAAGAAGUAAUAGAGGCUUAUUCCCCACCAGUUAACAUGGCGUUUUGAGUUGAGUGUGUUGUAAUUUAUGUAUACUAUAAAGCUUCCAUCAGUUGUUAGCUACAUUAGCCUCAUAGUUCCAGUGUUACAACUAGAGAAGUAAACUUCAGACACCAUUUGACUGUAUUUAGGCUAUUGGGGAAACUGUGUAAAAGUGCUUUAAAUUUAACGGUGUAAAGGUAAUGUUGCUAAUGAAUAUUCGAUACGUAUGCUAAUUGGUGCCUACUAGCACGCAUUAGCAACAUUAGCACAUGAACGUACAUACUUACACACAUGACUUGUACACCGCCAUGAUUUAAAGGGAGAGGUUUUGUAGUGUUAUUGUACUAUGGCUGGAGAAUUUUAACGUUACAUCAGAAAGACGCUAAUUUAUAGAUGAAAAGCUACACUUUUUACAUCCUCAAGCAAUGUGCAUUUCUUCUCUUUUCACCUAAAGACAUUUUCUUUGUUGUGUUAUCGUAUUUAAUUCACUUUCACCACUAUGGCCUCGAUCACACACAUCCACACAUUUUUUAAAAGCAUUCUAGCCCUGUAGGGGGCGAUAGCACCUCAUGAAAUUUGAUGCAAAUCUCAGCAAGAAGAACACUGCAAGCACUCUGCGCAAAAUACAGAGCUACAGCCACAGAUCUGUAGUUGUGACAGCAGCAAGUUACAACCUCGGUAGACCAUCACACAGAGAGUCUGAUUACUGCCAGAAAAUAAAAGCUCAAAAAGGUUCUGAGUUCUUCUAGCUUUUCGCUCCAUUUGAAUUAUGGAGGUAGGACUUUUUUCUCUCAACGAUCAUCAAGCCACAAAUAUAUUUCAAAUUACUGAAGUAUUUCUGAUUCAUGCAGUUGAGGUGAUGCAUCAAGUGAUGCCUUCACAUUGUGGUUUAAUGAAAAAAGCAAUGCUAAGUUGGUAAUAGACAUGCUAUCAAUCACCCCUAAACCUCUGAGCAAUAAAUGAAAAUGGCAAGAAGCAUGAAGCAAAGCGUUUUCAAAAACCUCAGUUUCAGUGAACAGCGUGAGCAGAUAAAAAAUAAAAAAGAGAUUACAGGUGUGGACGGGGCCUUAUAGAUUGUUAUAAUAGCGCAUAUGUUGGAUUCAAAAGUGUGAUAGCAGGAAAUCUGUGUUGCUCAUUAAAUUUUGUUUCUUUUAAAGAGUGUACUACAAUCAAACACUGAGUGGUGCAAAAGACACCUGUCUCUUUAUAAUUUAUAGUUUUUUAUGGUCAUGUGUGAAAGCCUAUAUAAUAAUUGUGUGUUUAAUGACACUUAAUGACUUAGUUAUUUAAGAACACUGUGAAAAAAUUGGUACUAAGAAUUAAA